AUGCACUUUCAGGGUCUGAUAGUUCUUCUUGUAGGAAUAGUCGGAGUUCUUUGGGCGUCCAAAGAUAGUUCGCGAAUGUCGAUUGCAAUGUUAUCAACAUAUCCACCAACUAAUUGUGGUAUUGCUGAGUUUGCCAAAAACAUGCUACUAUCAAUCCAGGGCGCAGGCAAAGAUGAUAACCUUUCUCUUGAGGUCUUUUCAAUUUCGAAACUCCCUCAUUCCGGGCCCGCGCCUCCAUUUAAUGGCAUUACUGUGCAUCAGUACGAUCUAGAUCGUGAAAACGAAAUCAAAAUACUGAUGGAUAUGGCUCAUGUGAUCAACAAAAAGCGAUUUAAUACCAUCUUAGUCCAGCACGAGUACGGGCUUCUGUUUAAUCAUGAUAAUUACAACAUCUUUUUGAAAUCACUUUCUCCCAAAAUCACCAAACUGGUCUUUAUUCAUACGGGUAUUUCGUUUGCUAAGUCCGACAGAAGACACGCAAUCCAAAACUUAGCGGUCAACGCCGACUACUUAGUUGCACUAGGCUGGCGAGUCAAGCACGCAAUGAUUCAUUUCUAUGGUAUUCCCGAACACAAGAUCCUUUACAUUCCCCAUGGUCUGUUCGCACCAAAGAACCUGAACAAGAAGGCCGAUAGCAAAAAGGUAACCCUGCUAAUGACCGGUUUAAUGAGAGACUCCAAAGGUCUGGAAGAAGUACUUGCUGCACUCAAAAUUCUCAAGGAGCGGAAUAAACUUCACAACAUCCAUCUAGAAAUCGCCGGUAAGGAUUAUAAAGAAGGCGCGUACAAACAAGCAAUUCUAGAUAUGGCCAAAGAGUAUGGUAUUGCCAAGCACGUAACCUGGGACUAUGGCUUCCAUUCACUCAAGAAGUUAGCCCGACUCCACACAAAGGCAGACAUAUACCUUACUCCCUUCCCUGUUGACGUCCCCACCUCCGGAACCAUUAGUUUUGCGAUGGGGUACGGUCUCCCAGUUAUUUCAACGCCCUAUGGCCUUGCCGAAGAACUACUCGGUCUAUCCGACAAACCAUUGAAACUCGUAACCAGCACUGUUAACCCCGCCAGCAAUAGCAGUGGAUUUGUGAAAUACACCAAGUACGGGGCAAUUGUUCCUUACAAAAGCGCUCUAUCCAUCGCCAAUGCCAUUAGUCAUCUAGCUAAGAACCAGAACAUUCGCAAACGAAUGGGAGAGUCAGCUGCCAAGCGAGUAACUCCAUUAUGUUGGGAGAAUGUCGGCCGAGCCAUUGUUGAGUUUGUGAAGACCGGAAGAUCCACCAACAUCUUCCUCCACAAUCCCUUCGAAAGACACAUGUCCCGCACCCCCGGCCAAUGCACUGCCGAUAAGAUCACCACCAUUCGAGGCCAAGAACUUACCGACAUUCCCGAUGGCGGUUACUGUCUCUACAUGGACUCAUACCUCACGAUCAAUGCCCAUAUCAAACGCAACAAAGUUGUUGAGCUAGGUGUCCGCGCUAUUUCCUAUAUUCCAAUUCAGAAAGAGAUCGUCCCACAAGAAUCCUUCCUGUACGCCAAUAUCAAAACUCUUCCUCCAGUCCCCACCCACACUAACAUCACUAAAACCAUUGGUAAAUACAUUCAGUACAUCUCUCUCAACAACGAAGAGAGCAAUACACCAGAUCAAACACAAGACCUAGACGAAUCAGCAGUUAUCAUUCCCUAUAAGAAUCAUGCUAUUGUAAAUACCCCAAACCUCGUCUUCUCAGUCGAAGCUUCCAAUAAGGAAAUUUGUCUCUACUUCUACCGCAUGUCUCGAUUUGCGGCCGCCCGAGGUCUCCUCGGCAGUGAUGCCCACACAAGAUACGCCGAAUUCCACCAAGAUCCCAGCCCAGCCCCCAAAACAUGGCGUCUCCGAAACUGGUCCAUGAAUAUCUUCAACGCCACCCACAAUCCCAUCAAAAAGUCCUGGAUGCGCGGUCAGCUCUACGGCCUCCCAGCGACUACCAAACGAAACCUCGCCGACGAAAUGCCCGAAUCAGUUGUUACCUUUGAAACCACUAAUGACAAAAUCCUCCAAGACUCCAAAUUCGGCGCCCUAACUCGCCAAAAACUCAUUGACUACUGGAGCAACCCCAGGAUCCAUAUUUCCAUCAAAGACUUCAACAGUACCGAGCCCCUUACCCAAGGCAAAACCACACUUGAGAACUACAUCAUCACCUGCCUCGCCAACGAAGGUUCUACCCCAUCCAAGUAA